UGAGAGGAGUAGUGUAGCUCUUUCGUUGUCUAUAGCUCCAGGAAACCCUCCAACUGGCACUUGUUGUCGAUUAAUCAUUGCUUCCACUCUCCUGUCUUCCGCUUGGUCAGCUUUUUUACCUUUUUUUUUUUUUAAUUUUUUUAUUAGUGCCCUCGUGCGGAGCCGCCGGACCUAAUCCGCGACCUCACGCCACUCCCUUGUUGUCUCCAGAUCUAUCACUUAUCUUUCUCCCCCCCUACGGCUUCACUCAAUCGACUCAUCUCUCCACCUCCACCCUUUGGUCACAAUCGCCAUUCCUCUUCUCCAACCACUGCAAAUUUUAAAACAGACACUCGACCGUUGGCAAUCAUGCCUGGAAGGGUCCUACCCACGUUCACCGUCGCCGAGGUCGAGUCGCAUAACAAUGCCGACUCGUGCUAUGUGACGAUCGGCUCCCAAGUCUACGACAUCACUUCGUUCGUCGAGGACCAUCCGGGAGGCGGUGAUUUGGUUUUGGAAUAUGCGGGCAAGGAUGUGAAGGAGAUUUUGCGCGACGUCGGAUCCCACGAACACUCCGAGUCCGCCUACGAAAUCCUUCAAGAUAAUCUCGUCGGCUUCCUCGUCUCGGAUUCGGAUGCGAAAUGCUCCAAGAUGCAGAAUGGUUCUUCAUCCGGCCCCGUUUACGCGACCACCGGUAUGUCCCGUGAAGAGGACCUCUCCGUCGACACCGAUUACACCCACGAUUAUAAGACACACAAGUUUCUGGAUCUCAACAAGCCGCUUCUGCUCCAGCUGUGGAAUAGCGGUUUCAGCAAGGAGUUUUAUUUGGAGCAAAUCCAUCGCCCGCGUCACUACAAAGGAGGGGAGUCCGCCCCGUUGUUCGGUAACUUCCUGGAGCCCUUGAGUAAGACUGCAUGGUAUGUGGUUCCGAUCGUCUGGCUGCCCCCGAUCUCCUACGGAACCUACUUGGGCUUCGCUGGGCUGGGUAAUGCACCGGCAGCGGCCGCCUAUUGGUUGGGUGGUUUAUUUCUCUGGAGUCUCAUCGAGUAUCUCAUGCACCGGUUCUUGUUCCACAUUGAUGGUUGUCUCCCGGACAAUCGGGUUGGACUCUGCCUCCACUUCCUUCUCCACGGCAUCCACCAUUAUCUGCCGAUGGACAGGUAUCGGCUCGUGAUGCCCCCGACUCUGUUCGUCGUGUUGGCAGCGCCGUUCUGGAAGUUGGCCCAUACUGUUUUCUUUUACAACUGGCAUGCGGCGCUGCUGGUUUACUGCGGCGGUGUCUUUGGCUAUAUCUGCUAUGACCUGACCCAUUAUUUCCUCCACCAUCGCCAGCUUCCCUCGUAUUACCAGUCCCUCAAGAAAUAUCACCUGGAGCACCAUUUUGCCGACUAUGAGAAUGGGUUUGGAGUCACGAGCCGUUUCUGGGACCGCAUCUUCGGCACGGAACUGGUGACACCACCGCCCAAGGCUGUGAAGACCCAAUAAAGACCGUCAUCGUCGGUUUUUCUCCUUGCCCACUUGGGGAGGGUGGAGGUUGCUUCUCCGUCUAACGCUCAUCCUCCAUCUAUACGAAGUAAUGCUGGGAUUGCAUCUGGAAUCGCUUGGACUGGACUUUCUUUGACUUUGUUUUCUUUUCGACCGUCGUAAAGACCACCCUUCCUUUCAACCUCCCCCCUGCAUAUUCUGGACGAUUAUUCUAGCUGGAAUGGUGCCAAUGGCAGGGAUCUGUUUAUACAUAGUGUUUGCAUGACAGCAUGAUCAUAAUACUUAAUACAUACAUAUCUAAUACAAUAG